AUGGCGAUGCCGCCUGUUACUGCUGGGCAUCCAGUAUCAUCAUCUACUUCAUCUUUGAGCCGCUCACGAGUGCAAGCCGUGGCGCUGCGAUCGCGAGCAAGGGGAAAGGGCCGUGCGCGUAUUGGUCGUUCAAAAUCUUUGAACGGGAUCACCCAUGACGAACCUCUGCCGAGUCAAACUCACUCGGAUCCCCCGCAAACCCCUCGAGCAAAAAGAGCUCGAAAGACAAAGGAAGAGAUCGCUCCUGAAAAUGGCAUUUCGGAAUCGAGCACUCCGCGUCCCACCCGUCAAUCUGCUAGGAUUCUUUCCAAGUUUCAUCAUAUGAGCUCCGUACCUGAGGCGCUUGACGACUUGGCCAUACAACAACCAGACUUCAAUAGGCCUCUUGAUAUCCAUAUUGGUUCCGACGAAUUGGAGGCCAAUGAAGAUGAUGCCUCGUCAAAAUCGCCCAGUACAGUUACUAGGAAAUCCGAUUCUCAGUCAAUUUCAUUAAGAUCGACAUGGACAGAUUCUUCUCGACCUCGUCGCAGUUCGGGCUAUAAAACUGAACUGGAAACUUCUCCCGAGGAAGUUUUGAAGCCUCAAAGCAAGUUUGUAGAAGCCAAUGCGGAGAAAGAUAAAAAUCCGGCUACAAAACCAGACGUUAGACCUGCGAGUAAGCAGGCCAGCCAUGUGGUUACGAGGAAGCGAAAUUCCGCUAGCAAGCGUGAUGAGUCGGCGGAGGUUCUAAACAACAUGGAAAUGUCAACUGCCAACAGUGGAUUGGAUUCCCCACCAUCUGAGAGAGUCGAGGAUGAUAAAAUUGGUGGUGAUGAUAUGGAAAUAAUAGCCCCAGAAGCCAGGCGCCCGUGGCCGCUGCCGCGACUUAAGACCCGCAAUGCAGACUCGCCUGCUCGGUUAACAGAACUGGAAUCUUCUUUACGGGCAGGCGAAUCCCCUCCAACGGAGAUAUCGGAUUCUCGAGCUGCAACCCCGUCUGAAACUGGAGAGUUGUCUGCCGGCCCGUUGUCAACACUUCCGAGCCGAGGUCGUGGACGCGGUGGAUUUAGAGGAAGGGCAAGAGGCAGAGGAUGGACCCGUGGUCGUGGGAGAGGCGGUCGGGGUCGGGGUGCUGGGAGAGGAGGGCGUGGUGGCAGACUCCAACCAAUAGAUCGCGAGAUGUCUCUGUCUCCCAGCCCAGUCAUCAAGCAACUCCGUGACAGACAAAAGGAACUGGAUAAGGUGUUUCGUCGAGUCGCAUCGGCCCAGCGAACAGCGCUCACCGUCAUUGCAAAUCGAUCAGAGUCUAAACUCAUGAAAGAUCCCAAUGCACACAUGGCUGUCCCAGAAUACGACCAAGUAAUGAAUGGUCUUAAAGCGAGAAUGCGCAAGAGACUGGAAAUAAUUGAAAAUGAAUACAAUUGGCGUAAAAAAUCUGCGGAUGCCAUGCUCGAGGCUAACAAAGAACUUAUCAAUAGUAACUUCCAUGAUAAAUCCUGGCAUGUUAGGAAGGAGCAUCUCCUCGCUGCCCAAGGGAGCUAUAUGGCUUUUGUGGAACAGCGUCGCCAAGCUGAGGACGAGGAUCACACUGAGUUCGUUUGUCAGAGACCCGAAGGGUGCCGCACUCUAUGA